AUGUAUCAAAUACAUAAUACAAAUGAAGAAUUAAUACAAUCGGGACUACCGUCGAGUUAUACUCAUAAAAAGUUUUCAAUAACAAAUUUCAUACAAUCUGCAACUAAAACGCUCCUACAUGGAGUUGAAGAAAUUAGUCCGAAUUUGGAAAAUAUUGAAAGCACUAAAAAUAAUAUAAUAGAUGAUGAACUUGGUGGAUAUGAUAUUGAAUCUAUAAAAUUAUCUGUAUACAAGAUAUUGAAAAUUGGUACGGGAAACCAACUUUUUUGGCUUGAACCAAAUUCACACAAUCUACUAGUAUUCAAUUAUAUUGAUGAGUCAAUUGAAUCUGAUGUCCUUCAAAUAGUAAAAUUAAAUAAUUUUGAGAGUAAAUUAUUAAAUUUUAAUGCUAUUCAUGAAGAAAAAGUGAAAAAGAUAUUCUUCAACCAGUAUUUCAACUAUUUUUUGGUUGUAGAUGAAAAUGAUACAAUUUUAAAAGUAACAAUUGAUGAAGAGGACGAGGAUUUGAAACUCAAAGCUGUCAAAGUUGGCACCGGUAACUUCCUAAAAGCUAGCUUCAAUCCCAAAUCAAAUCUAUUUUCAGUUGAGGAAAACGAAUCCUUACAUUUAUACCAUCUUCAUGAUCAUCUAGUAAAAAUCAAGACAUAUGAUCUAGGAUCAGGAAAACUUAAAUGGUCAAGUUGUGGGAAUUUUUUUACUUUGAUAAAUGAAUCAGGUGAUUGGAAGAUUGUUUCAAAGUUUGGAAAGGUAUUAUUCGAUACGAAAAAUGUUUUGAAUGAGAUAAAUGAGUCAAAUGGUUUAAACAAAGACUUUUUAUCUACUAGGUCAAUUGUAAUAUCCAAGAAUUCAUUAGCAUUGUACAUGUUGGGAUUGAAGUCAAAUAAAAUUUACUAUGUUCCCUUAUCAUGUAUACUAAAUGAAUUUGUCUACGACAAAGAAUAUUUAAACAUAGUUGAGGAUUAUCGAACUUUUUUAAGAUUUCCAUUACUUCCAAAAUUUAAAAAAUUGCUUUUGUUUCAUGAUAAUGAUAACACAAUCGAUGAUUUAUCUCAAACCGAGAAAUUCGCAAUAUCAAUUAGUAAAAUUAACCAAAUAGCUAUGUCUUAUGGUUGGCACUUAGCUGUAUCUACUCCGAUCAUGAGUGGUGGAUUGGCCAAUCAUGUAUUAUGGUUGAAUCUCAAAAAUCAUUUUACAGAACAGCUAAAUAUUGUAAACCAAUUCUGGUUUCAUCAUUUUUUAAUUGUAAUUAAUCGAAAAGUAAGGCAUUCAUUUGAAGAAGAUAAUCAAGAUGAGAAACUAAUUGACGAAUUUAUCGUAUUUGAUACAUCAAAAACUAAAUAUGCAAUGAGUGGUGAAGAAUCUGCUUUUACAAGCGAUUCAUUGUUAUGGAAAUACGAUUUUAAAAGUACUUUUAUAAACGUUCAAUUGAUUGAGGAAAAAGAUAUGUCCCAUGUGAUAAUCUUAACUAGCGAUUACAAAAUUGUUAUCUUAGACCUACUGAUUGAUAAAACAGUUCAUCUUGACUCAGAAACAAAACAUUACAAAGUAUUCAUAUCAAUAAGUAAAACUGUUCAUUUGGCGUCGUUACAACAUAAAAUAAACUUCAAAGAAGUCAAACAAAGUAGUAUGAUAGACAAAAAACAUUUUCUUUUCUUAUUACAUUCCGGGGAUUUAUAUUUAUUGAAAAAUCUGAGUCGAUCUGCAUCUUUUUCAAAUAAACCAAUUGAUGCUAUCAAACCAAGUAAUUUUUAUGAUUUAAUUAAAUUGGAUUCUUCGAUAGAAUAUUUUAAGUUCAAAACAAUCAAUUUUCAAAAAAUCAUAAAUUUCAUUUAUUUGUUUAAUGGUAAACAAGUAUUAAUAUAUGAUAUUCAUGAAUUAUUAGACAAAGCUUAUAAUAAAAAAUUAUCUCAUAUUCAAGAUGAUGAUUUACUCGAAUCGGAAGAUUCAAAAUUGAUUCCAAUAAUUAUUGAUACAGAAGAAAUGAUACCAUUUGAAAUUGAGGCUGAUCGGAAAACUAUUAAUUUAAUUGGAUUUGAAAAUGUUACUAUAAAUCGUCAUAUGUUUAUUAUCAAAAAUAAAGUCUCUCAUAAAUUAAUACUUAAUAAUUUCAUUGAAUUUGAUUUGACUCAUAAAGGUGAUUUAGAAAGUACAUAUAAUAGGUAUAAAUCAUUUGAUAAUUUUGAAUUUUGUUUGGAGUUACUUUUAUUCAAAUUGUUAACUGAUGAAGAACCAUCAUUGACAUUGAAAAGAUUAUGCCAAUUGAUAGAAUUUUCCGAAAACUCAGAAUUUAUAUACAUUAACUGUUUAAGAAAAAUUGAAGUAGCAUAUUGGAGUAGGUUUUUUGAUGUAUUAAAUAUGACACCAGAAAAAUUUAUGAAUAGACUUAUAAAGUUAGAUAAUGUUGAAUUAUGUUAUAAUUAUCUUAUUGUGUAUCUCAACUAUAAAAGAGAAGGUGAUAGUGAAUUAAUAUCUGAUGAUACAAAUCAUGAAUUAACAAGAUUUGAUAAACAAAUUAUUCUACAAAUCAUAAAAAUGUUGGAUAAAUCAGGAAAAUUUGAUUGGUGUUUUGAAUUAUGUAGAUUUAUUAAAGUUUUAGAACCUUCAGGUCAAUUUCUAAAUGAAAUCAAAUCAGUUUUUGAAGGAGAAUAA